GAAUAAACACAUUUCGGGUCGGGUCGGGCAUGUUAGUGUAGAGAAAGUUGGGUGGUAUUCUGCUCUGCAUAUAUAUGUGAUUCUUAAAAGAAAUACCAAAGUUUGAGGAAAGAGAGAGAGAAAUGGAGGAGAAGGUGAAGGCUGAGGCACUGCAGAUAAUUGGAGCGUUUGAUGUUCUGCCAAAGCUCGUCGUUUUUGAUCUCGAUUACACCCUCUGGCCUUUCUACUGCGAGUGUCGAUCGAAGCGUGAAAUGCCUUCUCUGUAUCCCCACGCCAAAGGCAUAUUGUUAGCGCUCAAAGAGAAAGGGAUCGACGUUGCAAUCGCUUCUCGCUCACCCACAGCUGACAUAGCAACCGCUUUUCUCAACAAAUUGAGCCUCAGUUCGAUGUUCGUUGCACAGGAAAUUUAUUCCAGUUGGACGCAUAAAACGGAUCAUUUUCAGAGAAUUCAUUCCAGGACCGGUGUUCCCUUCAACUCUAUGCUCUUUUUCGAUGAUGAGAAUAGGAACAUCCAAGCGGUCUCUAAAAUGGGAGUAACAAGCAUUUUGGUUGACAAUGGGGUACAUCUUGGGUCGUUAAGGGAAGGCCUUACACAAUUUUCUCGAAACUGGAAUGCGUCGCAGAAGAACAAGCAGAAAUGGCUUUCCAAGUACUCUAACAAGCCCGAUACAUCCAACUCCGCUGCAUGAAAUUAAGCAAGCCAUUGAAUCUUUUCUGUGGAUUUUAUUCAGAACCACAUCAACCCAAAUAUUUUGUAUCAGUCGUUUCCCAUAAAAUAAAAUGAAGCAAACUGGGAAUUUCAAGUGGAAAGUUAUAUGCAGAUUUUAGUAUCAAGUAUCAACUACAAAGACUCGUAUGCACAUGGGAAACUGGUAUUUGCAACAGCUAUGUACUUUUUAGGGUGACAUCAACAGCUAUAUCUACUUGAAUAUUCAAUUGGAUUUCUAUGGAUUUGAUCCGGAAACUAUUUGAUGAAUUUAUAUACAUAAGCUGCUCGGAAGCUGCAGCCUCCAUUCUGUGCCCUAA